CCAACAUCCUUUCCUCUUUCUCUCUCCCCCAUCAGUCACGGCUGCAUUCCUCCGCAAACAAUAACUCUUGUUGAGAACAACUCUCUAAACAUACCAUUCGAGUCUUCAACCUCCUUCUCAGCUCUAGCUACUGUUACUUUCUUAUUCUCGUUUCAUCUUUUAAUACCCUUUCAAACCCCGGAGUGAUCGUCUCGACGACUGGUGCCUGUCAUGGCAAGUCCGACAUCUGGCUUCUCGAUCAACGUCAACGAUCCGAGCUUGAUUUCGCUCGUCAAUAAAUUGCAAGAUGUCUUUUCGACGGUCGGUGUUCACAAUCCCAUUGAUCUGCCCCAGAUCGCAGUGGUCGGCUCGCAGUCCAGUGGAAAGAGUUCCGUUUUAGAAAAUAUUGUCGGGCGCGAUUUCCUCCCUCGUGGAUCGGGUAUCGUCACCCGGAGACCCCUCGUCCUGCAACUGAUCAACAAACCCGCGAGUGGCGACGGAGAGGCGAAUGGAGGAAAGCUCGAGACGACGGACAAGGAGGCCAACAUCGACGAGUAUGGCGAGUUCCUGCACAUCCCCGGCGAGAAGUUCCACGAUUUCAACAAGAUCCGCGAGGAGAUCGUGCGCGAGACGGAGCAGAAAGUCGGUCGCAACGCCGGAAUCUCGCCCGUCCCCAUCAACCUCCGCAUCUACUCGCCCAAUGUUCUGACCCUCACGCUCGUCGAUCUGCCCGGUCUGACCAAGGUCCCCGUCGGUGACCAGCCCAAGGAUAUCGAGCGCCAGAUCCGCGACAUGGUCUUGAAGUAUAUCGGCAAGCCCAACGCGAUCAUCCUCGCGGUGACCGCGGCGAACCAGGAUCUGGCCAACUCGGACGGCCUGAAGCUGGCCCGGGAGGUCGACCCGGAAGGGCAGCGGACGAUCGGUGUUUUGACCAAGGUCGAUCUCAUGGACGAUGGUACCGAUGUGGUGGAUAUUCUUGCGGGCAGGAUUAUCCCCCUCCGCCUGGGCUAUGUGCCGGUGGUCAACCGUGGCCAGCGUGAUAUUGAGAACAAGCGGCCCAUCGCCUAUGCGCUGGAACACGAGAAGAACUUUUUCGAGGGCCACAAGGCUUAUCGCAACAAGGCUUCGUACUGUGGCACGCCGUACCUGGCUCGCAAGCUGAACUUGAUCCUGAUGAUGCACAUCAAACAAACCCUGCCCGACAUCAAAGCGCGCAUCUCCUCCUCCCUGCAAAAGUACACGGCCGAACUGUCGCAGCUGGGCGACUCGAUGCUGGGCAACAGCGCCAACAUCAUCCUGAACAUCAUCACCGAGUUUACGGACGAGUACCGCACCGUGUUGGAGGGUAAGAACCAGGAGCUCUCCAGCAUUGAGUUGUCCGGUGGUGCGCGAAUCAGCUUCGUGUUCCACGAACUCUACUCGAACGGUAUCAAGGCCGUCGACCCCUUCGACUACGUGAAGGACAUGGACAUCCGGGUCAUCCUGUACAACUCGUCGGGUCCGUCGCCGGCGCUGUUCGUCGGCACGGCCGCGUUCGAGAACAUCGUCAAGCAGCAGAUCAAGCGGCUGGAGGAUCCCAGCACGAAGUGUAUCUCGUUGGUGUACGAUGAGAUGGUGCGGAUUCUCGGCCAGCUCCUGAACAAGCAGCUGUUCCGACGGUACCCGAUGUUGAAGGAGAAGUUCCAUGCGGUGGUGAUUUCGUUCUUCAAGAAGUGCCUGGAGCCGACGAACAAACUUGUUCGGGAUUUGAUCAACAUGGAAUCUUGCUAUGUCAAUACUGGACAUCCCGACUUUUUGAACGGACACCGUGCCAUGGCUAUCGUCCACGAGCGUCAAGCCAGCGCCAAGCCGACGCAGGUUGACCCGAAGACCGGAAAGCCGCUGCCCCAGCGCGCCAGCAGCCCGACAGUGGAGGCGGUGACGGCGGAGAACCAGGGCGGAUCUGGAUUCUUCGGCAGCUUCUGGGCGUCGAAGAACAAGAAGAAGAUGGCGGCGAUGGAGCCGCCGCCGCCGACUCUCAAGGCGUCGGCGUCCAUGUCUGAGCGCGAGACCACGGAAGUUGAAGUGAUCAAACUUCUGAUCACAUCGUACUACAACAUCGUCAAGCGUACGAUGAUCGACAUGGUGCCCAAGGCAAUCAUGUACACGCUGGUGCAAUACACCAAAGACGAAAUGCAGCGCGAGCUGCUGGAGAACAUGUACCGCAACAGCGAGCUAGACGACCUGCUCAAGGAGAGCGACUACACGAUCCGCCGACGGAAGGAGUGCCAGCAGAUGGUGGAGAGCCUGUCCCGGGCCAGCGAGAUUGUCAGCCAGGUUCAGUAGGGGGUCACCGGGGGGUAGUCAGUGUUUGGGGAUGUCGUUCAUGUGUUAUGUUUAGACCGUCUGCAGAGUCGGAUGGGUCUCUUUCUAUGUGGACGAACGGGUUUCGGAUGUUGGGUGAUUAUUUACUUCAUGUUGUAUCGUCUAAUGAUUUAGUGACUAGAAUAGAUUCUUUAUCUAGG